AUGCAACAAGAUAAGAAAGAAAUUUUAGAUCAAUUAUUUAAAAGAAAGUUUUUUAUUGGUAAAGUCAAUUAUCCACCUCAGAAUGGACUUUAUGACUAUGGUCCAUGUUUAGUUACGAUCAAGAAUGAAAUAAUUAAUGCCUGGAGAAGAAUUAUGAUUGAUGAAAACAUGUAUGAAAUUGAUGCAAGUGUAUUAGUUCCAUAUGAUGUUCUUAAAAACUCUGGUCAUGUUGAUAGAUUCUGUGAUAUUGUAUUAACAGAUGGUGUUACUACAUUUAGAGCAGAUCAUUUGAUUGAAGAAAAAGUUGGUGAAUAUCAUAUGGUUCCAAUUAAUAUUAAUGAAGAUACUCUUAAACAGGUAGAUUAG